UGCCGUAGAAUUGUGGGAGUUUAUGUAAAAUCAUGAUGGCGGCGGCCUGUGCGAGAACGCUUAGUAAGGUCGCCCGGUUAGUUUUAGACACGCCGACAUGCCGUCUAACAAACACCGCAGCAUUAGUGCCGAGAAUCUCCAUGAGAUGCCAAGGAAGGGCUUACGGUACCGGCGGAGCGGGAUUUAGAUCCAGAACGUUGCUCGCUGCGCCGGUGCGUGGCAGUGGGAGAGUCCUGGGAUGCGCCUUCUUGCUCGGUGGUGGUUUCGGCUUGUACCAGACCGUCAAACUCACGCUUCAGCGUCACCUUGCAGAGGAAAAAUCAAAUGCACCUGAGCUGGGGACAGAUCUGAAGUUGACUCUGUAUCAGUAUAAGACCUGCCCGUUUUGCAGUAAGGUGCGAGCCUUCCUGGAUUGUCAUGGUCUGCCAUAUGAAAUUGUGGAGGUCAAUCCCGUCAUGCGACAGGAGAUCAAGUGGUCCACUUACAGAAAAGUUCCCAUCCUGAUGGUGAACGGGACGUUGCAACUCAAUGAUUCUUCUGUAAUAAUAAGUGUUUUGAAGACAUACCUGGUCAGCAGGGAAAAAACAAUAUCUGAGAUUCUCACUUGUUAUCCUGAGAUGAAGGCAAAAAAUGACAGUGGAAAAGACGUGAUAGAGUUUGGCAAUAAGUACUGGGUCAUGGUUCAAGACACAGACGCUGAUCGUCUAUAUCCUGGAAAAGACACCAGAAAAGAGGAGAUUAAAUGGCGGAAAUGGGCAGAUGAGUGGCUGGUGCACCUAAUUUCCCCAAAUGUUUACCGCACGCCGACUGAAGCCCUUGCAUCCUUUGAUUACAUAGUGAGAGAAGGCAAAUUUGGGACAUUUGAGGGAUUCUUUGCUAAGUAUUUUGGAGCUGCUGCCAUGUGGAUCAUUUCAAAGAGAUUGAAAAAUAGACACCAUCUGCAAGAUGACGUGAGACAGGAUCUCUACAAGGCCGUCAAUGAUUGGGUGUCAGCCAUUGGAAAAAACAAGAAGUUUAUGGGAGGCGAUCAACCCAACCUUGCAGAUCUGGUAUGUGUUUUUCUCGAAGUCUAA